CCACCAUCUGGAGGGGCCAAUUUUCUAAAGCACACGCCACACUACUUCCUCAUUGCUCUCUGCCGACGGUCGAUUCAAUCACGGUGAUCAAAUCUUCCACGGAUUGCGCCACAUGAUACAGGAGGCCAGUAGAUUGCUCCCCCUCUUCUUCUGCCAUAUAGUGCUUAUUGCUUGUACAGUACAUUAUGCACCUCAUUUCUCAACUAACCAUGAACGUGUCGCAGAACACUACCUUCAAGCUCAACUUGGACGCGCUGAAUGGGUUCGACCUGGACCUACAAGAAGCGUCCCCGGGUGGAGCUGACACUGAUUUCUUCCUCACAACUUCGUCUCCUAUCAAUGCCCUGAACGAGAUUGCAUUUGAGUGGCCCACGACACACGACGACGAACUGGACAGUCUCUUCACGACUAAAAACGAUGAUGCCGCUGGUCUUGUCCCCGAGCUCACCCUCUUGCAAAGCGAACCCAGUUUGGACGAAUUUCGCGAUUUUACAGUCGUCUUCAUGACCUCUGCUCGGAAGACUCGUCAGCCCAAGAGAAAGCUAUUCAGUGACGACGAAAUGGAAGCUCGAUACUGUCUGCGACAAAGCGACGUGCAAUCUCCCCAGGUCCCCGCGUCCCCACUGACACAUUAUAGCCGCCAACGGCUUGAAAUCGCCGAGCUCACUGUGGUUGCCGAAGCCCUUGAGCGGCAACUCCACGCCAUGCAAGCCUCCAGAGUGUUGCACGGGUUUACUGCAUACGAGAACGCGCUCAAGGCAAAAGCCGCUCUACUUGAGGCCCAAGAAGCCAAUAUGAGCCUCAAGCAUCAAGUGCAAGGCCAUCUAAGGCAACGACAACAGCUAGAAAUCAUUGCCUUCGGAAGUGUUAUAGGUGAGGCUGUAUAGAUCGAACGUGCUUUGACGUGGAUGUCAAUCGUAUAUAUACGUAUCGAUUGGUACCUGCGAGCAUAUCGUAAACGCACACACAUCACAAUGAAGUACCAGCCAGUACUGUAAGUAGGAACAGUUCGUGAAGACUUGCUCGACCAGCGUAACGUGAAUGAAUCGUAGGAACCAGUUGUGAACCUUGCU